GUACAUGACAAAAGUAACAUGACGUGAAUCAGCUGAAUAAGCAAACGGAGCCAAUUCAAAGCAGGUCUUGUAGAUCCGCCACGCGAGGUGACGCUAGAGUGCGCCCGCUCUUGUGUAACUGAAAGGAGGUGACGAAGAAGAAAUGACCGGGGAGUAAACAUGGCGUCCGCCUUAGACGAUGAUGAGAUCGCCAGUGAUGACUACUAUUCCCUCCUAAACGUCCGGCGAGAGGCCACGCAGGACCAACUGAAGGCAGCGUACAGACGGUUGUGCAUGCUCUACCAUCCAGACAAACAUCGGGAUCCAGAACUGAAGCGACAAGCGGAGCAGCUUUUUAACCUCGUACACGAAGCUUACGAAGUGCUCAGCGAUCCGCAGGCGCGAGCAAUCUAUGAUAUCUAUGGCAAGCGUGGACUCGAUGUUGACGGAUGGGAGGUGGUGGAGAGGAAAAGAACUCCUGCAGAGAUCCGAGAGGAGUACGAGCGUCUUCAAAAGGAGCGAGAGGAGAGGAGGAUGCAGCAAAGGACCAACCCGAAGGGAACAAUUAGCGUGGGUGUUGACGCCACGGACCUCUUUGAUCGUUACGAGGAGGAUUACGAGGACGUGGUCGCCGGCGGCAUCCCGCACGUGGAAAUCAACAAGAUGCACAUAUCCCAAUCCAUAGAGGCCCCGCUGACCACAAAUGACACGGCCAUCUUGUCCGGUUCUCUGUCCACCCACAAUGGAAACGGAGGCGGGACUAUUAACUUGGCCCUAAGGAGAGUCACCUCAGCGCAGGGUUGGGGUGAGAUCGAGUUUGGCGCCGGGGACACACACGGACCUCUCUUUGGAAUGAAGAUAUUCCGAAAUCUGACGCCACGCUUCUUUGUGACAGCGCAGUGCGGACUCCAGUUUUCGUCCCGAGGCGUGCGUCCCGGCGUCACCACCGUGCUGGCCCGCCACCUCGACCAGAACACGAUGGGCUACUUGCAGUGGCGUUGGGGGAUCCACUCGUCCAUGAACACCAGCAUAGUCAGGGACACCAAGAGCAGCCAUUUUACCGUCGCAGUGCAGCUGGGCAUUCCACACACUUUUAUGAUGAUGAGUUACCAAUACAAGUUCCAGGAUGAAGACCAGACGAAGAUUAAGGGCUCAAUAAAGUCUGGUUUCUUCGGGACCGUGCUGGAGUACGGCGCUGAGAGGAAAAUCAGUCGGCACAGCAUUUUGGGCGCCACGGUCAGCGUCGGGGUGCCUCAAGGUGUCUCGCUCAAGGUUAAACUGAACCGAGCCAGCCAGACGUAUUUCUUCCCGAUCCACCUGACUGAGCAACUCCUCCCAAGUGCUGUAUUUUACGCCACAGUCGGACCGCUGGUCGUCUACCUCGCCUUGCAGCAACUUGUUAUUCGGCCCUACGUGCGGGCCCAGAAGGAGCAAGACCUGGAGAAACAGCGCGAGAGCUCGGCCUCGAACAUCGCCAAGAAGAAGCAGGAGGCGGAGGCCGCGGUGUUGCUCAUGCAGGAGUCCGUGCGAAGGAUUAUUGAAGCCGAGGAGUCUCGAAUGGGUCUCAUCAUCCUCAACGCCUGGUACGGCAAGUUUGUGACCGACAACAGCCGAAAGCACGAGAGGGCGAAGGUGAUCGACGUGAGCGUGCCGCUGCAGUGUCUGGUGAAGGACUCCAAACUCAUCCUGACUGAAGCCGCAAAGUCGGGCCUCCCCGGUUUUUAUGACCCCUGCGUGGGGGAGGAGAAGAGCCUCAAGGUGCUGUAUCAGUUCCGUGGCGUCAUGCAUCAAGUCCUGUCCGGAGACUGUGAACCACUCAGGAUACCAAAGCAAUCUCACAGGAUCGACUCGGACACAUAGACCAAAAAUCCACAGCGCUCAGCUGUCAGACAGAGAAAACCCGUAUUCAUCUUCGUUUUAGACACGACUGCGAGCAAAGUCCCAUUGAUCGUUGGUCUUUAUAUUGAUCGGUAAAAGAUGCAGAAUGGGCAAAUCCGACAUGACAGAGGCGGAGCCCGCUUGAAAUGUGACACUGAAAUUGAAUCAAUGACGACCAUCUUCUGGAGACCUCGUCGGUGUACAUUUACUUUUGUUAAGGUGUCUUUUUUUUUUUUUUUUUGGAUCAAUUUGUUUGACAUUGCAGUGCCUAUGUGAUUUAAAACAAUUGCACCUAUUUGUAUGCCAUAUUAUUAAAAAUCUGGCUCGUA